AUGGUUAUGCAAAUAGAUUUUCUUGAGCCUUGGCCUACAAAACGGCCCUCGGUCGCGCUCGGGCUCCUUGAGCGCCUUGAUGACCAAUGCGGCGGCGGAAGGUACGACGGUGACUUUGGCCUGGCGGUUCUGCACAGUGAGCUUGACGGUGACGCGGAGGCCCUUCCAGUCCUUGGCUGUCUCCUUGGCAAUGUCCUUGCCGAUUUUCUUUGGGGAAAGGCCGAGGGGGCCGAUCUUAGGAACAAGGGAGCUGGCGGCGCCGACCUCGCCGCCGGUCACGCGGACAAAGACGUCGACUACCUGGUUGGGAUCGAACUUCGGCGGCAUUAUUCACAAACCCUCGCUUCCCCCGUCGCGUACUCGUAUUCCCAUCUCAUCUCCGGCAUCUCCCCACCGGCCACCGCUGCCUGCUGCUCUCAGUCACAGCCGCCGCUGAUUUGGCCGCUCCGGACGAUCACGACAACAAUUACUCCAGAACGCCACGGCCACGGAAUACACUGGCCUAGAAAUGGAGGUAUUGGUGGUAAGGGCGCAGAGCAAUUGCAAGUGAACAUGACUGGAGGAAGGAAAAAUCUCAAGAGGGCAAUUGAGGAUGAGAUGGAAACUCUUAAAGAAGGCCAAAGCAUAAUGCAGGUUGUCGAUUUGAGGGGCUCUAAUCUCAUCGAGGUAAUGGACUCGAAAGGAAUGAAAUUGAUCGCAAUAUUCCCAGCAAAAUUUCAGAAAAGCAUGUGGAUUAGACGAGGAAACUUUGUUGUUGUUGAUGAAAGUGGGAGAGAGGAAGCAGUCGAAUCUGGUAGAAAGGUGGCAGGCAUGGUGACACAAGUACUCUACCAUGAUCAAGUUCGUCAACUUCAAAAAUCUUCAGAAUGGUCAUUACUCGUGGUAGGCGGGCCCCACAUAUGCAGGCCGGAGGUUUUCAGAUCAACAUCUCAUGAAAAAGCGAAGCAAGAUUCACGUUCCCAACAAGAUGAAGAAGAAGAAGGUUCGAGUGAUGAUGGGCUUCCGCCAUUGGAGGCAAAUACCAACAGAUUAAACCCUCUCAUGUCACAUUUAGAUACAGACGACUCAGAGUUAGAAUUUUGAUUUUGAAAAACAAUUCGUAGCUCGUGCUUUGUGAUGGCAAUACUAUGUUUUUCCUAAGUAGGAACGCACAUGAAGUGAGGAUGUAACAACUUAGAUUCUUAUCUCUCUUGUUUGUAUUUGUUUAUGUAUGGAAUUUUGUAUGAAACUAAUGUAAGAAUACAAUAAUGCUAAGGAGCCAACUGUUGACUUCAUUAUGGAGCCAACACCCAAUGGACAGCUCCAUGUGGGGUUGUCCCACAUGGCUCCAA